ACCAUCUCCAAAAUCAUUGAUGAGAAACAAAUCUUCUCCAACCAUCCUGCUACUGAACUGCAAUUCUUCUAUGGAUUUUGCUAUCCUCUUAAUUUCGCUACUCAUUACAGCACUUUCCUCCUCUCUCUAUCUUUUUAUUUUCCCAAGAAUCAAGAGAAGACAGUCGAAACAGAGAGGAAUUGCCCCUCCUGGACCAAGGAAGCUCCCCUUGAUUGGAAAUCUACACCAAGUUGGCGAUCUAACUCAUCGCAACUUAUGGCUUUUGUCACAAAAACAUGGUCCCUUGAUGCAUCUUCAAAUUGGUCAUGUGUCGAUCCUUGUGGUUUCCUCAUCAGACAUAGCAAGAGAGAUCCUUAAAAUCAAUGAUUUUUGCUUCUGCUCUCGACCAAUGCUCACCUGUAGCAACAAAUUCUCUUAUGGUUGCAAGGACAUCAGCUUUGCUCCCUAUGGUGAUUACUGGAGGGAGGUAAGAAAGAUAUGCAUCCUACAGCUCUUUAGCACAAAGAGGGUUAGUUCCUUCCAAUCAAUAAGAGAAGCAGAGGUCUGUCUUCUUAUUGAUUCGAUCUCGAGUUCCUUGUCAUUGCCGAUAAAUUUGACAAAAUUUGUGUCGAGUCUCACAGCCAGCAUAAUUUGCCGAGUUGCACUAAGCAAGAAGUAUGAUCAAGGAGAUCAGGAGGACAACUUACUUGCACUUCUUAAAGAAAUUGAGAUCUUGUUGGGUAGCUUCUUUAUUGCAGAUUAUUUCCCAUCAUUGAGUUGGAUUGAUAAGCUUACAGGACAACAACAACGACUCGAGAGGACCUUUAGCAAGUUUGAAUCUUUCUAUGAUGAACUGAUUGAGGACCACAUUGAUCAAAAUAGAACAAACACAGGGCAGGAAAACAUAGUUGAUGUGCUGCUCCAUCUUCAAAAGAAUUCACCUUAUAUCACCAGCACAGGCAUCAAGGCUAUUCUAAUGGACAUUUUGGCUGCUGGAAUUGGAACAUCUUCUGCAAUUAUAAUUUGGGCAAUGGCGGAGCUAGUCAGGAAUUCAAGGAUCAUGCAAAAAGCACAAGAGGAAAUAAGAAGCUCCGAUAAUUUCUCAAAGUGCAAUCUCCAUCAACUUCAAUACCUGAACUCAGUGGUGAAAGAAACUUUAAGGCUGCACUUGCCAGUUCCAUUGCUGCUUCCUCGAGAGGCAAUUAGGCAUUGCAAGAUAAGUGGAUAUGAUAUAGAACCAGACACUCAAGUUUAUAUCAAUGCUUGGGGCAUUGCAAGAGAUCCCAAAACAUGGGAUAAUCCCGAGGAGUUCUUACCAGAGAGAUUUAAUGAUAGAUCAAUCGAUAUCAUAGGUCAUAAUUUUGAGCUCAUACCAUUUGGAUCAGGCCGAAGAAGUUGCCCAGGUAUGAACUUAGGGAUGGCAAUAGUGGAACAUGCUCUUGCUAAUUUGCUAUAUUACUUCGAUUGGAAAUUGCCUGAAGGAAUGAGUAAAGAAGAGAUGGACAUGGAUGAUGUUCCAGGCAUUACAGUGCACAAGAGGACUGCUCUUUGCCUUGUAGCAUCAAGAUACACGUAAAUUUCUAUUGUAAAGUAGUAAAAUGUUUAAGUUAGCUUUGUAAUGCUAUGCUCUAAUUAAAUAAAAUGGUUUGUGUUAGGCUUGUUUUUUUCC